ACGACACAAUUUUUAUUUAAGUCGUACCGAUUUUCGUCUUCAUUUUCCUCGCUUUCGGUUUGUCUCAUAAUCCAAUUUCGGAAAAAACCAAAAUCAACCCAAAGACCAACCACACAACAUCAACAACAACAUUCUUUAGAACGCAAACCAAAUUUCUAAUCGACAACAUCCACCAUGACAGAACGAACAAUUACCGACGCAACUUCAAAGACUAUCGAACGAGCCUUGAACAUCGCUCGCGAUAAUGGAAACUCCACAGCAGACCCAAUUCACUUGGCCGCUGCCAUUUUCGAGAACGACGAUGGCGUUGGGGCCAGGAUCUUCAGCCGAGCAGAAGGCAACGCGGAAGUCACCACGCUUCGUCGUGAGCUCCAGAAACUCUUGCUCAAGAAACCAUCCCAGCAACCGGAUCCUCUUGAGGCCUCUCCUUCCAAUUCCUUGGCAACUCUUUUGCAGCGUGCCUCCAAGGCUGCCAAGGCAAAUGGAGACGCUCUCUUGUCUGUUGACAUGCUGGCCCUUGCACUGUUUGAAGAUAGCGAAUGUAAGAACGCUUUCAAAACGACGGGGCUGGCAAAGAAGGCUGCUCAGAAAGCAGUGGACGACCUGCGAGGCGGUCGCAAAGUGACUUCGGCCAGUGCAGAAGAUCAGUAUGAAGCUUUGGAGAAGUAUGGAGUCGAUCUCGUACAGGUGGCCGAGGAGGGGAAACUUGAUCCGGUCAUUGGCCGAGAUGAAGAGAUCCGCCGCUUGGUUCAGAUUUUGUCUCGCCGUACCAAAAACAAUCCAAUCCUUGUGGGACCUCCUGGAUCAGGAAAGACUUCCAUUGUGGAAGGUCUUGCAAGGCGCAUCCUUGAAGGAGAUGUUCCCGAGACGCUCAAGGGUGUCAGCCUUCGUACCCUCGACAUGGGAGCUCUGGUGGCGGGUGCAAAGUACCGCGGAGAGUUUGAAGAGAGGCUCAAAGCAGUCCUCGAUGAGGUGAAGCAAGCGCAAGGCCGGAUUGUACUCUUUGUAGACGAAAUACACUUGGUUGUCGGCGCCGGAAAGACUGAUGGAGCCAUGGACGCAGCAAACCUGCUCAAACCGCUCCUCGCACGUGGAGAACUUCACAUGAUUGGGGCGACUACGACUGAGGAAUAUAGACAACACAUUGAGAAGGACUCGGCGCUGGAACGUCGCUUUCAGCAAGUCCGAGUAAACGAACCCAGUGUCGAGAACACUGUUUCCAUGCUUCGUGGACUGACGGACAAGUACGAGAGCCACCACGGCAUUCGCAUUUCCGAUGCUGCGCUUGUAGCUGCUGUCCAGCUAUCUGACAGAUACAUCACCAACAGGUUUUUGCCUGACAAGGCAAUCGAUUUGGUUGACGAAGCUUGUGCGACAAAGCGCACGGCCCUCGAUUCCCGACCAGAGAAGAUUGACCAGCUAGAGCGCAGGAUUCUUCAGCUGCAGAUCGAGGACACUGCCUUGGCCAGAGAAAAAGGCAAGGAAACGAAGAAGAGAAGAAAAGCAAUCCAGGAAGAAAUCGCUAACCUGAAGGACGAACUGAGCCCACUCACUGCCAAGUGGGAAGCUGACAGAGGUCGUGCGAACGAGCUCAAAAGCGUUAAGGAAAGAUUGUCUGAGCUUGAAGCGAAGGCGGCUUCCGCUGAACGUGUUGGGGAUCACUCAAAGGCUGCCGACCUGAGAUAUUACGCCAUUCCAGACCUCAAACUGCACCUCGAGAAGAUAAGUCGUGAAGAAGAGGAGAGAAAGGCUGCUGCCGCGGCCAAGGAUGACGACAGCAUGGUGUCCGAGGUAGUGACCGUUCAAGAUAUUGCAGAUAUUGUCGGGAGGUGGACUGGAAUCCCUGUUGCCAGGCUUUCACAAACCGACCGCCAACGAUUGCUGAAUCUCGAUGAAAGACUGAAAGAACGAGUCAUUGGACAGGAUGAAGCAAUCACAGAAGUGACGGAUUGUAUCCUUCGUUCCAAAGCAGGCCUUGCACGAGAGAACCAGCCGACGGGUAGCUUCCUAUUUUUGGGCAGCUCAGGUGUUGGCAAAACGGAAUUGGCCAAGGCCCUCUUCUCGGAGCUGUACGAUGGCGACGAGCGCCACCUUGUCAGGAUUGACAUGUCCGAGUACACAGAGCAACAUUCGGUUGCUAGGUUGGUUGGGGCUCCGCCUGGCUAUGUGGGCCACGACGAAGGAGGUCAACUAACCGAGGCAGUUCGUCGCAGACCCUACACUGUCGUUCUCUUCGACGAGGUCGAGAAAGCCCACCCACGCGUUUUGACGCUGCUUCUACAGGUGCUCGAUGAAGGGCGCCUCACUGAUAGCAAGGGGCGCACGGUGGACUUUACCAACACGACCAUAAUCUUGACCUCCAAUAUUGGAUCUCAGCUCCUUCUCAACAUUUCUGAUGACUCCGAGGAAUCAAAGGAUGUGGCGCACAAGGCAGUGAUGGAACAAGUGCAAGCCAGGUUCCUGCCAGAGUUUCUUAAUCGUCUCAGCGCAAUCGUCAUGUUCAAUGCACUGGGCAGCUCCCAGCUGGAAAAGAUUGUACAGAAAGCAAUGCUGGGCGUCAAACGCCGCCUGGCUUCCAGGGGAGUGAAGGUUGUUCUCGAGUCAAGCGGUGCGAAAUCCGUGUUGGCAGCAUCGUACGACCCCAGCUACGGAGCCCGUCCCGUCGAACGGUACCUAGAGAAAUCCGUCGUGACAACCCUGAGCCGCAUGUUGAUCAGUGGAGAGCUGAGCAGCGGUACGACAGUCCAUAUCGAAGCGGAAGACUCUUCAUCUGAUGAGGAAGAUUCCAUGGACAGCUGCGGCCUGCCUCUCAAAAAGAAAUCCCGGAAGUCGGGGUUGCGUUUCCGUGUUGUCGAGGACACUAGCCCCGAGGCCAUGGAAGGAGUAAACCAGUCAGCAGACGACAACUGGGAAAUGAUGAACGAAUGAAGCAAUGAUUAAUCAAAAGAACAAUCUAUUGAUAAAAACUAACUACGAUGUAAGCAUAAACGGUAAAGAAGAACAAACUGAAAUAAAAUUCAACAUCAUGAAUAAAUAAUCGUGGCU